AACAAGCACACUCAGAGAUAAGAAACUUACAAGAUGAAGCGGCGCUUUGAUAUUCUCUCGCAAGAUGAUCUCCUCUUGUCGUCACUGUUUGGCGAAAGUGAAGAUGAUAGCAAUAAGAAGAAGGCCACUCAUGAAGUUACAGAUUCUGAAUUUGCCCAGGAGUUGCAGUUUCGGGAGGUUUUAGAAGUCUCCCGUGCGAUGAAUGUGAAUCCUUCAGAAACAAAUACAGGGUCUUCUUCUUCUUCUUCAAUGGACGUGACUAAGGCAAAUCCAAACCCAAGUCCAAUGAAAGUCAUAGACCUGGUUGAGAUGGGUGUUGAAAAAGAUGAUGGUGAGUCAGCAGAGAGCUUCUGCGAGAUCUGUGCAGAGAGAAAAGAGGCCAAAGAGAUGUUUAGGAUCAGGGCCGUGUGUUCUCACACCUUUUGUUCUCUCUGCAUAAGCAGGCAUGUGGAGACCAAAGUCCUGGACAAUGUUACUACCAUCAAAUGCCCAGGAUUGGAGUGUGAGUGUGUCCUACAGAUUGAUUCCUGCAGGCAAAUUCUCCCUGAGAAUGUUCUAUACAUGUGGGAGAAAUCGCUGUGCGAGGCGAUGUUUCUCGAGUCGCAGAAGUUCUAUUGCCCUUUCAAGAACUGCUCGGCCCUGUUGAUCAAGGACAAUGAUGAUGGGCAGGUGAUCAGGGAGUGUGAGUGCCCAUAUUGCCAUAGGUUGUUCUGCGCCGAGUGCUCUGUGCCAUGGCAUGUCGGCGUGUCGUGCGAGGAGUAUUGUUCACUGAAUGAGGAUGAGAGUGGGAGUGAGGAUCUCAUGGUGAGGAAGCUUGCGAAGGAGAAGAAAUGGGGGAGAUGCCCCAGAUGCAAAUUUUAUGUGGAGAGGACUCAGGGUUGUGCUCACAUCACUUGCAGGUGCCAGUUUCAGUUUUGCUAUGGAUGUGGAUCAGAAUGGACUCAAACUCAUGGUGGUUGUGAAAGAAACUAACGAUCAAACGGUCCAGCAAAGAAGGCCUAACCACGUAUAUGAUCAAUUGCAUCUGAAUUUACCAAUGAUAAGAGCUUGUGGUACAGUGUAAUAACGAUGUCAUCGAGGUUUCUUUGAGAAGCAACAUCUAGUAUAAGGAUUAAACGCGCUCUACAUUCUUUUC